CAAGCAAUCUCUCGUCUUUAUAUUCAGAACGUGUAGAUAUACACUUUAAUUCUUUAGGUUCUGUGCUCGCACUGUGAAUACCGCAACAGUGCAAAUAUGAAUGCGCGUAAAUCAGAUAACAAUAAAUAAUUCUCACGCCGCUAAAAUUCUGAAAUAUUUAUUAUUAAACACUUCAAUGACCAAAACAGACAAGCGACGAGCAUAUCUACACAGUGCCGCGCUGGCUGGAGGACGUCCACAAUAGUAUAGGCAGCCAGCCAGCAACAAAACCAAUAAUAACAACUACCAUUACAUCACAUUCAUCAGCGGUGAAACUACUUACCGCUAUCAAUAUCCGUGUUCACGUAAAUUUUCGAAGCGUUUAUUCAAUAAUUUUUCAUAUUUAGACGCACAUUAAUCAAAAGCGCAUGCAAAUGUCGCAUCAAAUCGACAGUCGUCGCAAUCGUCAACGUCACCAAAUGUCCGCAACACCCGCGCAACGCACACUAGCGCCUUUUGUAAGUAUCGCCACCGUCACCACCACAACCAUUUUUUGUUGCAUUUGGCUGUUGCUCGUAAACGCGCCUGCCCCCAUUCAAAUGCGUCGUUUGCAACGCUGUGAACUCGCCAGUCAGCUUUAUAUUUUGGAUGUGCCGAAAUCGGAGCUAGCGCUGUGGCUGUGCAUCGCCCAAUAUGAAAGUCGCUAUAACACGCAUGUGGUGGGCAAUCGCAAUGCGGACGGUUCCAGCGACUAUGGACUGUUUCAGAUCAGCGGCCGUUAUUGGUGUCAGCCGGACAAUGGUACCAAAUAUUAUGCAUUCAAUGAGUGCAAUGUCAAAUGUAGCGCCUUGCUGCUGGAUGACAUCACCGAGGCGGUGGGGUGCGCUAGGAUUAUACAGCGUCGUCAGGGUUGGACUGCUUGGAGUGUGUAUACGUUCUAUUGUAAUAGGACGCUAAGGAAUGUAGAUGAUUGUUUUGAGUGAGAAAGUCAAUGAGAAAAAUAAGAAAGAAUAAGAACAGAAGUAUCGUAUGUGUUAAAAUACCCAAUGUGUUCUUAUAUUGAUGACAUCAAAUAAAUAAUAUGUGUGUUCAUUUAA